UUCCAGGCUCAUAUUAAAUUUCCUAUCGACUAUCCAUAUUCACCACCUACCUUCAGAUUCCUGACCAAAAUGUGGCACCCCAACAUUUAUGAGAAUGGAGAUGUAUGUAUUUCAAUUCUGCAUCCACCUGUAGAUGACCCACAAAGUGGAGAGCUGCCAUCUGAGAGGUGGAACCCUACCCAAAAUGUCAGGACUAUCCUACUGAGUGUAAUCUCUUUGCUUAAUGAGCCCAAUACGUUCUCUCCUGCCAAUGUGGAUGCAUCAGUCAUGUUCAGGAAAUGGAGGGACAGUAAAGGAAAAGACAAGGAGUAUGCUGAAAUCAUAAGGAAACAGGUUUUGGCUACCAAAGCCGAGGCAGAGAAGGAUGGUGUGAAGGUCCCCACUACACUGGCAGAGUACUGCAUCAAAACUAAAGUGCCUUCCAAUGACAACAGUUCAGAUUUGCUUUACGACGACUUGUACGAUGAUGACAUUGAUGAUGAAGACGAGGAGGAGGAGGAUGCCGACUGUUACGAUGAUGACGAUUCUGGCAAUGAGGAGUCGUGACCUGCUCCCUCUAUGCCCCUGUACUGCCCUGCCAACUCAGGCCAGAAGGGAGCAGCGGUAACCUAGCAGCAGUCCAGCAAAAAAGUGUGUGGGGGGGGGAUCAAAAAAAAAACUUUUUGUCUCCUGCUGUCUCCUGUUGUAUGGAUCUGUUUGCUCCUUUUUUAUGGACCUCUUAGAGACCCUCCACAGAAUGUCUGAAUUCUUGCAUUCUUAACCCUUUCAUCACUGUAUUAUUUCUUUUUAAGAAAGAAACUCCCCUUUUCACUUCUCUACAAAACGCUCACAGCACAACAGGUUUGCUCGCGUUUAGAUUCUUGAAUUAAAUGCAGUCUUGCAUUGAGAUGUUUAAUGUAUUUAAAGCUGGAACAAACCCAUCAGAAGCUGGGUGUUUGGGAGCUCAAGUACUGCAUUUGCUGGGAAGAAAAAAAAAAAUCCACACAAAGCAAAUUGCCAAGGUUUAGCUGCUCCAUUUACAAUAAUAGCGUGUGUACAUUCGUUUAGCCUUGUGGUGGUGGCUUUUCCUUUAUAAGGUGUGGGGCGGAGAGUGUAAAGCUACUGUGUGUUGAGCUUGAUGGGAUGUCACUGAAAGGUACAGUAUUCCUUUUCAGCCUGCUCAAGUUGAAUAGUUGGCUCCUGGAGCCCCAGAGGGCACAAUCAGCUUUGUCUCUGAAAAAGGGUCGUGAUAUGAACCCUAAAAUAAACACUUAACACUUCAUGUCUGUACAACUGAGCCCUGCGUUGCUUUUUUUUUUUUUUUUUUUUUUUCCCAGUCCAGUUUGGGGUUGAAAAAGUUCAGUUUAGCCAUGUUGCCGAAAUCUGCUGCCAGCUGCCCCUCUCUGGAGGAAGGAGAACCGACAUGCAUUCCGCUGCCCAGCGGGCCAGCAUUCAUCCUGCAUUUCUUUCUGACAGCGGGAGACACUGAUAGCCUCCUCCCCCAGUGCUUGCUAGCAGCUCUUGAUUCCUGCAGCCCAAGUCCAGAGCCUUUUUUUCUGUUGCUUAUGUAGGUCAUGUGCUGGUAAAUGCAGCCCUGCUAUAACCCCACGGGCUCUGGUGGGGUGGGUAGAAGUCAAAGCUGGUUUUGGGGUGGCCAGGAUUUCCCUGUGCCUGCUGUGGCAGAGGGGAGGGAUGCGUGCUGGGCCCUUCCCUGCCUGGCUGGGGCAUGGCUGAGCAUGUGCAGCCCCACAAGAGGAAGCACACAGUGCUUUUGGGCUGGAAGAGAAGGCCAGCGGCAGGGUUUGAUGGGCUAUUUAGCAGCAUGCUUCAGCUGGCGCACUGAGCUUGUCCUCCUGCAUGUUUUUGGGAGCUCGUGGCGGAGCUUAGGGCCUUCCCUCCUGGGCAGGUGUGAUCCUGCAUGCUCGUGCCUGCAGAACCCCCUCCCUCAGUCUCUCGGCAUCCUCACCCCCUUGCAGCUCGCUGCUCACGUUCUCGGCUGCGCUGCGGUGGCUGGAAUUCCCGUCUCGCAUGCUCCCUGGGUGGGCAGCCAGCCCUGCCCUCCUGCCCCCCUGCCCUGGCACCCGCAGGAGCAGCUCUGAGGCGCUGCUGGCCCUGCUCGGGCGAGACCCUCCAUUCCCACGGGUACAGAGGUGGUUUCCCCGGCAAGAGCUGCAGGCUUGGGCAUUUCUUCAUGCCUCCCCUUUGUCUAUCUCAGGGUUUCCAAUGGUACGUCACCAGCUGCGGUCCCUCAAGGGGGUGCUUUGUUGGGAGUAGACUUUGUUCUGCGGUCAGCUCAGUGGCUUCGUCCCGGGGCGAGGGGUGGGGAUGAGCCCCGGCAAGCUCCAGGCGUGCUGCCGGGAGGAGGGAGAGGAGGGGAGGAAGGCUGGUGGGGCUCUGAAGUGAGCAAGGCAGAUGUGUUUUCGCAAUGCUGCCUGCCUGGGAUUUGCUGCAGCAGGGACAGUCCCUGCCCCUCUGCCCCAGGGUGUGCUAGCGGUGCACCCCUCGGCCCCCGGCGGAGUAAAGGCAGCCCGAAGUGGUGAUGCCUUGUCCCCCAGUGCUCCCCGCGGUGGUCUGCCCUCCUGCUUGCAUGUUCCCCUCAGCCCCUGGUGCUUUUUGGAGCCAGCAGUGGGGGUUCCCCUGCAUCUAGUGAUGGCGUGGGGCCCCCCCCAGCUUCGCCCCAGCCCUGCAGGGGCAGUGCCAGCGUUGGCGAAUGGGUCCCUGUGCCUCCUGGCCACCGCACUGGUCUUGGGGAUGUCCUGGGACAGGGACACCAACCUCCAGCUUUUGGGGAUCUGUUUUGGGGUGAAGGAGCAGACUAUGGCAAUGCUGGCUGUGUUGAUGACUUGGUUUGAAAUGAGGAUACUGCAUCUUUCAGGAUUUCCUGUGUACUUUUGACCGUCUUCACUGUAUACUUUCCAGUGACUUGUAUUUUCAAGCUUGAUGUUGUAAGAUGCAUUACCAUGACUCUUCUGUUACCUUUUUUUAAAGGUAAAAAGCAACCUAUUUUGAGAGCUCCUACAUAAACCAGACUGAUUUCUCUUCCCUGCUGUCCUGUGCAGUGUCAUUGCUUGUUGACUUGCUGGUUUCCUUUCUUUGAGAUACAAACUGAAGUAUGAGGGUUUUUUGAAACUAUUUAAGAGAUUGCAGAAAAAUGUUUACCUGAUCUGUGUAUUCUGGUUUUUUUCUUAACCCUUUUCUCAUGUCUCAGCCAAUACUACUAGCGUUUACAUUUGCAACUACAUAGCCCCUUCAAAUGCAGUUUUCAACCAUUCUGAAACCAGCAGGGUACACUAGAUUUCUUAGUAGUUUUCUUAGCUGAAAUCCCAGCUGUUUUCCUUUUUUUCUUCAGUAUAAUUUACCAGAAAGAAUUAACUGAUGCAUUUUUGUGUUGUCUCCCCCUUCAGUAGUUAUAUUUUGUCUUUUCUGCACAUCUGUCUACUAAUAAAAAUGUGAAAUGACAAUA